AUGGGGAAAGGGAAUCAGUUGUUGGUUUAGCUGGAAAUAAGACUUACCUAUGUUUUUCUACGUGCACCUGUUGUUUGUAGGGUAUUUCUUGUGUGAAUCAUAAACAAGUAAUGGGAUUUGCAGUGUAAUGUGUAAUGCAUUUUUACAAAAUCUUAGCAAAAAGUUGAAAUGCAAAUGCACUUAUUUGGAAUUCAGAGUCCUUGAAAGUUGCUGCUGUUGAAUGUUUUACUUGAUUUUCAUCUAUGCAAUAUUGCAAGGAGAAAUACAGCCUGUUUCAGCUAUAGACUCAUGUCUCAAUCAAUCAAUCAGAAUAGAGAUGGAAGGGAUCUUGGAGGUCUUCUAGUUCAGUAAUCCCCAAUCUUUGAGGCUUGGUGGCCCAGCUGAGGGGGGGGGGGGAGAGAGAGAAACUGGGAUGUGCAAGUGCAAGCUGGUGCACAUGCGUGCAAGUGCCUACCAACCUGCUGCUCAUACAAGUUGAGCUCUUCUGGGAUGUUGGGUGCUACUGCCAGCUUUGUAUCAUCUGCAAAUUUGAUGAGUUCCCCUUCUAAUCCCUCAUUUAAGUCAUUUAUGAAGAUAUUGAAGAGUAUUGGGCCUAAGAUGGAACCUUGGGGUACCCCACUGUUUCCUUCCUUCCAUGUGGAUGAUUAAGGACUACUCGUUGAGUGUGGUUUGUCAGCCAGUUACAAAUCCAUCUGGUGGUGUUGCUGUGUAUCCCACAUUUUUCUAGUUUACCAAAAGUAGAUUGUGAUCUACUUUGUCAAAUGCCUUGCUGAAGUCUUAAGUAUACUAUGUCCACAGCAUUUUGCUAGUCUACUAAUUUAGUCACUUUGUCAAAGAAUGAAGUAAGAUUGGUUUGGCAUGAUCUGUUUUUAACAAACCUGUGCUGACUGCUAGUUAUAACUUUGUUUCUAGAUAUUCACAGAUCUGUUUUUUGAUUAUUUCUUUCAGUGUCUUCUCAGGUAUUGAUGAUUAAUCUGUAGUUUCCUGGGUCUGUGUUUUUCUCUUUUUUGAAGUUGGGAACCACAUUGGCUCUUCUGAUCCUCUAGUGCAGGGGUGUCAAACUCAAGGCCCGGGGGCCGGAUCUGGCCUGCAGGGUGCUUAGAUCUGGCCUGCCAGGCUGCCCUGGAAACAGCAAAGGACCAGCCCAUGGUGCCUCUGCCAGUGCAAAUGGGACUCGGGAGGGCUGUGGGCGGCCCUUCAGAGCUCCGUUUUCCCUGGCAGAGGAUUGCAGGAGGCUGUCGCAGCUGAAAACAGAGCUCGGGAGCGUGAUUUCGCUGGCAGAAGUGUUCAGGUCACCAUAGGUGCCCCAACACAAGUGACAUCGAGCUGGCCACACCCACCCCAGCCCCCCAAGGUCAAACAGAACCCUGAUGCGGCCCUGAAUGAAAUCGAGUUUGAUACCCCUGCUCUAGUGGUUCCCGGUGCUCCAGGAUUUUUGAAAGAUAUGGUACAAUGGUUCUGAGAUGACAUCUGCCAGCUCCUUCAGAACUCUGGGAUGUAAUCUGUCAGGUCCCAGUGAUUUAUAUUCAUCAAGAUCAGACAGGUGUUCUCUUAAAUUUUCUUGCUUAUUUUUAUUUUUAUUUCUAGUCUGUCUUCCACAAUUAGGUUUUUAGUAAGUUGGGCUCUUUUUGCGUGAAGAGUGAUGCAAAGAAUGAAUUAAGCAGCAGCUCUGCUUUCUCUCUGCCACCUGCUUCUUCCUUGCCAUCUUCUCUCUUUAGUGGACUGACUGUCAUCUAUAUAUAUUUCUUUCAUAUAUGCAUAUCCUUUCGGCUUUGAACUCAAUCUAUUCAUAACAAAGCAAGCUGUAAAUCUAAUUGAUACUGGCAUCAUUUAACUCCUUUACACUUGCUAUAAGUGGUUUGUGUUUGAAGAGAAAAUCUUUGUACGUAUACUUAUGUUACUAAAUACAUAUAUUUAUUGAGCCUGAUCAGCUCAAGUUGGACUCAGCCUUCCAAGGUUAUUAAAUCAAGCUUCAAAGGCCUGUUUUCACAAUCUUGUUGAAAAUCAGAAAAGAGAGUACAUUCACAUACAUUCAUUUUGUAGUGUGGGAGACCAACAGAGAGAAGGGGUGGGUCUGCAAAGAAGUUGGAUGGAUUCCCCCCAGGAGAGUCGGUCUCCUGCAGCCAAGCUCUGCAGGGCUUUAGAGAUGGUAGCCCAGGCCCUUGGAGCCGACUCAGAAACCUAUUGGUAGCUAGGGCCAUGGCCCCAGAAUGGGCAUAAUCAUUCUCUCAUUGCGACUGCUGCAUUUUGUACCACUGCAGCUUCCAGGUUGUCUGCGAAGGCGGCUUCAGAGGCAGAGGGUGUUCCAGGUAGCGAAGGUUGUGGUGAUGAGGAUGCGAGUCAGUCACUGUCCUUGGGGCUUCCUAGUCCAUCUGGGGCCACACCUAGCACCUGAGUUGCAUUUUUUCUUUUUAUAAUUAUUGUCUCUUUAUACUUGGUUAGCUGCUGAGAGUCUUGAAACUGCAUCUGCAAAGACCUAUGGGAAAUAAAUAAAAUAGCUGCCGUAAAGUGGGCAAAGACUCCUGUUCUAGGAGGAGCUGUUAAUCCAGGAGGACACCCAAGGCAGCCACAUUUCAAGAGGUGCCUUCAACCAAGGAGAGUGCAAUGGCCUCUUGCCCUCAAGAAUGCAAAAGGAUAAAAGAAUGGAUCCACCAUCAGGGGCCAGAUCAAUUGUUGUUCAGGUGGAGGGAAUGACAUGCAGUUCUUGCGUGCAGACAAUUGAGCAGCAUAUUGGGAAACUAAAUGGAGUUCACGUCAUUAAAGUUUCUCUGGAUGAGAAGAACGCAACCAUUGUUUACAACCCCAAAGAGCAAAUCCCAGAGUCACUCCAGGAAGCCAUUGAAGACAUGGGGUUUGAUGCUGUUCUUGGCGAUACCAACCCUCAGUCCGUUCCACAUGACACCACUUUUCUUACAAUUCCCACCCAGGCAACGCUGACCUCCGAACAGAUUCGUACCGACCUCCUAAAGAUCAAAGGCAUUCUGGAUGUGAAAAUCUCUUCUGAUAAAACAACUCUAGUUGUAACCUUUAUCUCUUCUAUUCUAAAUAGCAAACAGAUUAAUCAAAUAGUACCGGGAUUAAAUUUGGACAAUGCAAUGCAAGAUAAAAAUCAAGGAACAUGUGAAGAUGUAAGUUUAAACCAAAUAAAUGACGUGGUGCUAAGAAUGAAAAUAGAAGGGAUGACCUGCCAUUCCUGUACGAGCACCAUUGAAGGAAAAAUUGGCAAAUUGCAAGGGGUCAAGCGAAUUAAAGUUUCCCUGGAUAAUCAGGAAGCCAUGGUCGCUUACCAGCCUCACAUCAUUACAUCAGAAGAAAUAAAGAAGCAAAUAGAAGCGGCAGGAUUCAGCGCCUCCGUAAAGAAAAUGCCUAAACCACUCCAGCUCGGUUCUAUUGACAUAGAGCGGCUCAAAAGCAGCCAAACCAAACACUCGGAAAGGACCCCGCAGGAAAGUUCAGAAGGCAAGCUGGAUGGGAAGACCACCACCUUCCGCGUGGAUGGCAUGCACUGCAAUUCAUGCGUGUUCAAUAUUCAGAGCAGCCUCUUGGCACUUCCUUCGGUGACCAGCGUGACGGUGUCUCUGCAAGAGAAGUCAGCCGUCGUCCAGUACAGCCCCAGCCUCAUCAGCCUCAGUGCGCUCAGAAGGGCGAUUGAAGCCGUCUCCCCGGGGACUUUCAAGGUUUGUGUUUUGGACGCACACGAAAAGGCCGAGCGCCUGGACAACUCCAGAUCUCCAUCGAAGUCUUCUCUUCCAGCAGCUAUUCACAGCAUCGGGCCUCAUCCCCUGAUGCUGGUGACCGUCAUCCGCAUCGAAGGAAUGACUUGCCACUCAUGCGUGCAGUCAAUUGAGGGGCUGAUUUCACAAAAACCCGGUGUGAAGUCAGUCUCUGUGUCGUUGCGGGAUCGUAGUGGGACUAUUGAAUAUGACCCAACGCUGACCUCUCCAGCCGAUUUAAAAAACUCAAUUGAAGACAUGGGCUUUGACGCAUCCAUAGCUGUGCCACCAAGCCCAGAGCCCGUGGUGCUAAUCACUCAGCCUUCCCAGGAGAGGCUGGCUAGAACGCAAGACAGCAAGCUGCCCAAAACAGUCGCUCUUCCCAACCUGUCGCCAGUUCCGAACAGAUCGGGUUUGAAGGCACCAUCCAAAUGCUACAUUCAGAUCACUGGCAUGACCUGCGCUUCCUGCGUGGCAAACAUUGAGAGGAACCUGAAGAGAGAAGAUGGAAUAUGCUCUGUGCUCGUUGCCCUGAUGGCUGGGAAGGCUGAAGUGAGAUACGACCCUUCCGUCAUCCAGCCCCCAACGGUAGCCGAGAGGAUUAGAGAACUGGGGUUUGGUGCUCUGGUGCUGGAGGAUUAUGAUGAAGGAGAUGGCAUCUUGGAACUGGUUGUAAGAGGGAUGACUUGUGCCUCGUGUGUUCAUAAAAUAGAAUCUACCCUUAUGAAAACAAAAGGGGUUUUGUACAGCUCAGUGGCUCUUGCAACCAACAAAGCCCACGUUAAGUAUGAUCUGGAGAUCAUUGGCCCUCGAGAUAUUAUACAGAUUAUACAGAAUCUAGGAUUUAACGCUACAUUGGUAAAGAAAGACCGAUCUGCUAGCCACUUAGACCACAAGCAGGAAAUAAGGCAGUGGAAACGGUCCUUCCUUGUAAGCCUCAUUUUCUGCAUCCCUGUAAUGGGGCUCAUGAUUUACAUGAUGGUGAUGGACAGCCACAUGUCGGCCAUGUACAAGGCUUCUAACUUGACUCAAGAAGAAAUAGAAGCACACCACCCAUCAAUGUUUCUGGAGCAGCAGAUUCUUCCUGGGCUGUCAAUUAUGAAUUUGCUCUCCUUUUUAUUGUGUAUUCCUGUUCAGUUCUUCGGAGGCUGGCACUUCUACAUUCAAGCCUACAAAGCACUGAAGCAUAAAACAGCCAAUAUGGACGUGCUGAUUGUUCUGGCCACGACCAUCGCCUUCGUCUACUCCUUUGUAGUUCUUCUGGUUGCAAUGGCCGAGCAGGCAGUGGCCAAUCCUGUGACUUUCUUUGACACACCUCCAAUGCUCUUUGUCUUCAUUGCGUUGGGGCGCUGGUUGGAGCACGUGGCUAAGGGUAAAACAUCGGAGGCCCUUGCGAAGCUAAUUUCACUACAAGCAACAGAAGCAACUAUUGUUACUUUGGGUGCAGAUAAUAUCCUCAUGAGCGAAGAGCAAGUGGAUGUUGAGCUAGUUCAGCGGGGUGACAUCGUGAAGGUGGUCCCAGGCGGCAAGUUUCCCGUGGAUGGCCGAGUGGUUGAAGGACACUCGAUGGUAGACGAAUCACUUAUCACAGGUGAAGCAAUGCCGGUGAUGAAAAAACCUGGAAGUUCAGUCAUAGCAGGUUCGAUUAAUCAGAAUGGAUCCCUGUUGAUCUCGGCAACCCAUGUUGGGUCUGACACUACCCUCUGCCAGAUCGUAAAGCUUGUGGAAGAAGCUCAGACAUCAAAGGCACCAAUUCAGCAGUUCGCUGACAAACUGAGUGGCUAUUUUGUUCCUUUCAUUGUUGGUGUUUCUGUGAUUACACUUCUUGCUUGGAUUGUGAUUGGCUUUGUCAAUUUUCAAGUGGUAGAAACCUAUUUUCUUGGCUAUAAUAAGAGCAUUUCCAAAGCAGAGGUCGUGAUCCGCUUUGCUUUUCAAGCCUCCAUCACCGUGCUGUGUAUUGCCUGCCCUUGUUCCUUGGGAUUAGCAACUCCAACUGCUGUGAUGGUGGGAACUGGCGUAGGAGCCCAAAAUGGCAUCUUGAUCAAAGGCGGAGAACCGCUGGAGAUGGCACACAAGGUAAAAGUUGUGAUGUUUGAUAAAACAGGAACCAUCACCCAUGGAACUCCAGUGGUGAUGCAGAUGAAGAUGCUAGUGGAGAGUAACCGGAUACCACGCAAGAAAGUCUUGGCCCUGGUGGGAACAGCGGAGAGCCACAGUGAGCACCCUUUAGGAGCAGCAAUCACAAAAUACUGCAAACAGGAAUUGGAUGCAGAUAUCCUUGGGACGUGCACUGAUUUCCAGGUGGUGCCCGGCUGUGGUAUUAGCUGUAAAGUUACCAAUAUUGAAGCCUUACUUCGCAGCAAGAGUGAAACUGUGGAAGAGACCAAUGUCAGGAACGCUGCCCUAGUGAGCAUGGAGGAGAAGGCUGAGCCCCUCAUGCAGCCAGCUUUGAUCAUCAAUGAGCAGGUGCCAGACACAUGGACGUCGCACAAAUAUUCUGUCCUCAUUGGAAACCGAGAGUGGAUGUCUAGGAACGGCCUUCUUCUCAGAAGUGAUAUUGACGAAGCCAUGACGGAGCACGAACGCCGAGGCCGCACAGCAGUUCUUACAGCUGUGGAUGGGGAGUUGUGUGGCCUGGUAGCCAUUGCUGACACCGUGAAGCCCGAAGCGGAUCUUGCUGUGCGGACUCUGAAGGGGAUGGGUUUGGAGGUGGUUCUGAUGACGGGGGACAAUGGCAAAACCGCCAGGUCGAUUGCUUCUCAGGUUGGCAUCACAAAAGUAUUUGCUGAGGUGCUCCCCUCCCACAAAGUUGCCAAAGUGAGGCAACUGCAGGAAGAAGGGAAACGGGUGGCUAUGGUGGGCGAUGGCAUCAAUGAUUCCCCAGCCCUGGCCAUGGCUAAUGUUGGCAUUGCCAUCGGCACAGGCACAGACGUGGCUAUAGAAGCAGCUGACGUGGUUUUGAUCAGGAAUGAUUUGCUGGAUGUGGUGGCAAGCAUAGAUUUAUCACGGAAAACUGUUAGAAGGAUACGGAUCAACUUUGUCUUUGCUCUCAUAUACAAUCUUAUUGGUAUUCCUGUCGCUGCAGGUGUCUUCCUGCCGAUUGGUUUGGUUCUGCAGCCUUGGAUGGGCUCUGCAGCGAUGGCGGCCUCCUCUGUGUCCGUUGUGUUGUCUUCUCUGCUGUUAAAACUUUAUAAGAAGCCCACCUGCGAGAAGUAUGAGCGCCAUGCCCGCACCCAGGUGAGGUGCAAGAGCGCGUCAGAAAUCAGUGUCCAUAUUGGGAUCGACGAUGUUGGACCAGGGUCUCCGAAACUGAGCCUCAUGGACCGAAUUAUCCACUACAGUCAAGCCUCCAUCAGCUCCCUCUUCUCCGACAAGCACUCCCUCAGCAACAUUGCCCUGAGCGAGCCCGACAAGCAUUCGCUUCUGGUUGGGGAUUCCCGGGAGGAAGACGACACGACCGUCUGAAGAGGUGGAGCAGGGCCAAGGGGUCGACUCCCCCCAGGGAGAUCAGCGUGUUCUACACUGUUUGCCCCUCUUAGCAGCCAGAACGGGACAAAAGAUUCCAAAAUGGAGCAGAACCCGGAGCUACAAUACUGAGUUGCUUUUCAAGUUGAUUUCUUGGGGAAGAAGCCAAAAUAAGGAUAUCUUCUGGCUGCUACCAGCAGGUCUUGAUGUUAUUUCCCCAUUUGCCAAAGAAGCGUGCCUUACUUCUACUCCACCCAAGCAGAGGCAUUCUCAGGAAAGGCCACAUCUGGAGCUGGGAAAGAGAAAAAGCAGAGCGGUCCUUCUUGGCCAACCCUGGACCGGACCCUCCUCCUCCUGAGGGCCCUGGUCCUCCAUCUCGUCUGUCCCGCCCUCACUUGUAGCUUGUGAGGAAUGCCGGAACAGACUCUGGUGGUCAGCAGGAAUCAAAGCUGUGCCACCCCUUUACACUCCUCAAGUUUCUCCCCUUCUUGUUUUGUGUGGGAGUCCAGCAAAACCAGCUCUUCCUUUUUCCUCUGAACAUCAUCCAGACCCCUAAAGACCUGAGAUUGCCACUUGCCUCCCUGUUGUGCUCAUGGGUUUCUAUCAUGUUAGCUGAGAGGGUCCAGAGGCAGGGGGCUCUUGCACCCUCCUCCCUCCAACAGCUGCCUUCAAAGGACAAGAUUUGGCUUGAUUGCGAACAGCUGCCUGGAGAACAAAAUGGGCCUUGCAGAUGCCUUGUUGCUUUCCUAAUUUUGAAUUAGUGAGAAUUGCAAGAAUUAGCCCUGAAAGAUCAGGGCUUUUUACUUGAUCAUGGACUUGUCUUCAUUUAAAGUGGUGAGAUACACCUAUCAGGAUCAAAGUUCAUGAAAAAAACAGUUUACUUAAUUUUCAGUUCGGUUUAAGUCACCCAAUUUAGGCAUUUUAAUACCCCUUUGGAAUACCCAGAUGGAGAAACAGCGCCCAAGCCACAGCUUUUCAAAAUCCUUCCUCCUCUUUUAGCCCUCUGGGAGUGGCCUCUGGGAAAAAAGGGGGUGGGGGGCUCAGAAAAUGGCAGGGAUUGUGUUGACAAUACACAAAGAAAGAACUGCAAACUUCUUCAUAGCUUAGUGAAAAUCCACUUCCAGGGCUGCCUUGCACUAUUUAUUUAUCUUUCCUGGGAGUUGCACACAAAAACCAUCCUCCGUGCCCCGUUGCGUCCACUAAGGGCUCCAAGAGAGGGUGGGAAGGAAGAUUGUGUCCAGGGAGAAUUAGACAUUUCCUCCGUUCCCGAGCCUGCUGGAAGCGAGUUUUCGCAAUCCAGGCCCUGAUUCUGCUCUUAGCUGAUCAGGUUGUUAGGAAACGGGGCUCCUGCCUGGCGUACCCCUGCCCAAGAGGGCCCUUUCCGGAUGGCUGUGGAUUGUGGCUCCCGAUAUCCGCAGCUUUUCUCCUCCUCCUUGCUGGCCAAACCCUCAGAGCGAGAGGGGCCCAUGACAGGAGCAGCCCUCAGCUGGCCCAGGCUGUGGGGGAAGAGCAGCAUGGAUGCUUUUGGGACGGAACAAAGUUUGGGCUUUUUAAAUGUAUAUAAAAAAUCCUGUUCACGGAGCGGGGCAUGUUAUUAUAUAUUAAUGUAAGUAGUAAUAUGCCUCAACGUAGUCAGGUGAAUAGUAUGACAUAGUAUGAAAACUGCAAAUUCACCUGGUGAAUUGAAUUCCGUUGUUUCAUCCCUUUUUUUUCUCAAUCUCUCUUCUCCUCCAGUUCUCUGCCGUCUUGCCAUGCCUUGGUAAGGCGGUUAUUGGUUAUUCCUGUUUGUGAAUAAGGCUUUAUACUUGACUUUGUUUCAAAGAACCAAAAGUUGCUUCUUUGCUUUGAAUGUGCAAUGUUCAUCCCAAAAUGUAAAGUCCCUUUCCUGCCUCAAGCACACCUGUUUAUCAGGAUUCUUAAAUGAUCAGAUGUCAGCCAAACAGCUUCAAAAGCAGAUUUUAGAACAAGCUUUGCAUUUCCUUUAUAUGUAUUUAUUUUGGUUAUUUGCUUCUGCUAGCUCCAUGUAUUUGAAACAUGUUUUUCUGAUUUAUUUAAAUUAUUAGACAAAGUGUAUAUGCAGCCAUAUAUGCAAGUCAGGAUUUCCUUCCCGUUUUUUAUCUGGCUUUUAAAAAGUCCCUUCUCUUUCCCUUCCCAGCUGGUGUCCACUUCUUUUAAAAUACUGCGCAUCCGUAUCUCCCUUUGGUCUCCACCUGUAGGCAUUUCAGGCAGGACCUUUUUUUAAAAAAAAAAUUAAUGCUGAAGAAGUGCUUCAGGGAGGCCGGGGUUAGCGAUGGCGCUUUUAAUGUCCUUUAGCCUCUUAGAUCUUCCAAGGCAGCCUCCAGCCUCUUAAAAUGCACCGGAUUUGCUUCCCAUCGUUCCUGGUUCCUGACAUCGUCAUCUGGCCUCAUCCAGCAGCAUGGCUGGUUAUAAUGCAAGCUGCAGUCCAAGCAUUUUUGCAGGCUCCCCAAGUCACAAAAGGGGGGAUGCUUCCAGAGCAGACUUCUCGCUCCAGCCAUCAUUCAGACCAAAAUUUUGGUCAUAAGUAAUGACAGUCGUAAAUUGAGGCACCCAUAUGACCUAACCCACUUUUUCACUUGUUUUUAAAGCAGUGAUUGAGGGAGUCACAUGAAUCCAUUCUCCUGAAUGGACAUUUUCCCAAAAAACAUUGCAAAUUGCAGUCACAUGACCAUCAGACACUUCAGCCAGUUGGUUGCCAAGCACCCAAAAUGAAGUCAUUUGACGGUGGGUGGGUGGGGUGUCUGACAUUUUAUGACAGCUGGUAGUGCUUUACAGUUGUAAGUCUUAGUGGUCACAAGCCAAGGAUUACCUGUAUAUCUUAUGCAAACAUACUUCAGUGCAUCCAAAAUUAAAAUAAUGCAGAAUUGGUUUUAUUGCAUUUAUGAUGGGGAUUUCUGAAGAUUUUUAUGUCUGUUCUGCAUAUUCCAUGGUGGCAGACAUUUUACCUGCUGCUGCUCCUCCCAGUCUUGUUAAGGAGGCCCAUCGGAGACAGACACCGUUGGCCAAACGUUUUGGGUAAAUUGAGAAAACAGCCAAGAAUCAUUCUUCAGAGCCCUUGUGGUGAUCAGAAUUAUCCUUCACAAAUGAAGGCAAAUGCCUUUCCCUUUUUUUCCACUCUGAAAAAUUAACUGCGUGGGGUUGUUUUCUAAAAAAGCUAGAACUGUUUUUGCCUCUUUGCUUCCUGCAGUCAAAAGCUGAAGUCCCAGAUCUGCUGAUUCCAUUUUCAGGAACCAGUCCAAGGUCGUUGAAAGAAAGCUAAAAAGAACUUUAAGCAAUCGUGUGCAAUAUUAGUUUAUGUGGAGCAUAUGUCAUGGUCUUCUCAAGAAUGUGCCUUCACUUCUAUAAAUGUUAUUAUGCUGGAACAUUAAAUGAUGUGUUAAAUUUUUCUUUUAAUGAUACUUUCUGCUUAGAAAAAUAUAUUGUAGCUAAAUAUUCUCUUCCGUCAGAAUUAUUUAUUGCAUUCUUGAACAUCGUCUCCUUUCAUAAAAUAAAGGAGGAUUGAAAAUCA